GUAUGAAUCAUGCCCAUCAUACUCAUCUCACGCAUGCUCAAACCUACGUGAAUGGCAAUGCCACAACAUGGAUUGAGCCUCUAAAGGUAAACAUAGGAAGGUUUCUCUUCGGGGAACUCUUAAGAGAUGGUUUGGAAAACACGUGUAGAAAAGUAAACAACUUUAGUAAGGUAUACCGUAUAUCGUAAACGUUAGGAGACACCGUUAUCGGGAAACCCAGCUGCGCACCCAUUAGUACGUAUAGGAUUGAUUGCGCCCCUGAACAGCCAUUGUGCACAGCAUAGCGCUGUCCGCGGUGCUGAACUUGGGGAGUUCGUGUUGGAUGUGUGUCUACAUAAGAAACGCUGCUGUGUUUCCUGCAGGAUCGUCUGAUGUCGCAAUUAGGGAUUCCUCUUUCUCCAGUACACUCGUGUUCUUGUAGGUUGGAUGGUGAUCUUUCUUUUCUAGAUAGGGGCAUGAGAGAAUUUGAAAGGUACAAUAUUUUCAGCACAAUCUAAACUUAUGGUUGUGCAACGGAAUCGGGAUGCUUUGGCUUCAUGUCGAACACAUACCAGUCGGCUUAAAGUUGGCUGCUUGGAAAAUCCUGUUUUUAUCGGUCGUGGAUGGAUGUAUGCUACGGAAUCGAAAGGCGUUUGCCCAUACACCUGCAGUAUUUGGAAGUUGACUGAAAUGCCACUCAACACAGCGAAUGACUUGUGAACAGUCCAGACAAAAGAGGAAGUACAGUCACUGAAAGCUAAUGUCGUGUCCUUUCUCAGCUAUAUGAAAGAUCUGUGACGAUUUAUCUUUGUAUGCUAUCUAAAGGAUCAAUAUGACUCAUGUAAAUAUGUACAUGGGGGACAUAUCGCAUGUGCUGCCUCCUAAACAUCGAGGGAGAAAAAGGCUUGAUAUUUAAUUUUUCUUUGCACAGAAACUAAAAAAGGAUCGUUUCUGAAUUGGGUGACAAAAGCCUUUAUCGGGAAAUGGUGGCAUAAAGAGUUUUUAAUCGUUAUUGUGCGAGGUGCGUUUGCUUGAAAUCGACUCAACAAAGUGGAACCAGAUAUUUCAACGCGGACUGCCGCGGCGAAGGAUGGGCCCUCUUUUUCCCACGACUUGCGUCGUCCUCCUCGCCCUAAACGCCGCCGCCAUCCCAGCCUCCAUCAGUCCCGAGGACUACGCCGCGGACGAGGCCGAGCAAACGAUCAACAACGAGAUCUUUGAUGACUACAGAGGGAAAGGCUGCGUGGAUGACAGUGGCUUUGUGUACAAACUCGGGGAGCGUUUCUUCCCAGGGCACUCGAACUGUCCGUGCAUGUGUACAGAGGAUGGGCCAGUUUGCGAUCAACCCGAAUGUCCCAAGAUACACCCAAAGUGCACUAAGGUGAUGCACAACGGAUGUUGCCCCGAGUGCAAGGAGGUCAAAAACUUUUGUGAAUACCGUGGGAAGACUUACAAAGUCCUUGAGGAGUUUAAGCCCUCGCCGUGUGAGUGGUGUCGCUGUGAACCAAAUAAUGAGGUGCACUGUGUGGUGGCUGAUUGUGCCGUGCCUGAGUGUGUCAAUCCUGUCUAUGAGCCGGAGCAGUGCUGCCCUAUCUGUAAAAACGGUCCAAAUUGCUUUGCUGGAACAACGAUCAUCCCGGCCGGCAUUGAAGUGAAGGUGGACGACUGCACCAUCUGCCGCUGCCACAGCGGGGACUGGUGGAAGCCUGCGCAGUGCCUGCGCCGGGAGUGCCUCAACGGCCAGUCAUAGACAUUUGCCCAGGACCACAGGGGAGAGAAGGGAGGGAGAGAGGGAGGAAGGGAGGGAAGCAGGGAACGGAUCGUGAAGCAGCUCCAUCAGAACAAGGGAAACUCUCCUUGCAAAGACUUGAUGGACUGACUGACUGGCAGGAGCACAAAUUCUUGUCUACACACAGAUUGCUAAAUGAGC